CGCCCACUGAUAUUGAUUGACAGGUGUGUAUUUACAUGUCUAGGGUUAGGGUUAGGGUUUACAGGUUUAUAACACCGGGCACGGUUUAAUGAAGUAAACACAGUGAAACUGGUGUGUAUGAGUCAAUAUGAAAUUCAUAAAAGACACACGCGAGACUGAUUAGACAUCCUGUACACUGCACACACUGCAUCUGUCACAGAGAGGAUGUGACAGGCUCUACAUCAGGCAGUGUUUUGUAGACGGGCAGUAACGUGUGCUCAUCCCUCACUCAGUCACUCUGCAGGUAAAGAUGUUCCUCCGUCUGCUGCUGCUGCUGCUGCUGGUGUCUCCGCUGGCGCUCGCUCUUCCCGGGUUCCAGGUGCGUCUGGUGGGCGGCCGGAGCCAGCUGGAGGGCCGCGUGGAGGUGCUGUAUAACGGAGCCUGGGGGACGGUGUGUGACGACGAGGUCAACAUUAAACUCGCUGAUGUGGUGUGUCGAGAGCUGGGCUUCGCUCGCGGGCUCACCUGGGCUCACAGCGCAAAGUUCGGCGAGGGGCAAGGCCCGAUCUGGCUGGAUAACGUCAGGUGUUCAGGCUCGGAGAGCUCCCUGUCGGAGUGCCGCUCUAACGGAUGGGGUGUGAGCGACUGCACUCACUCUGAGGAUCUGGGUGUGGUCUGCAGUCCGGAUCGGCCCAAUCAGGGCCACAUGCCCCGGUACCAUGAGCCGGUCCCACCAGCACCUCCGCAGACCCCCAGCACUCCUCCAUCCAGCAGUUGGAGCCGGCAGCGCGGACACGAGAUCGCCCUCCACCGCGGCAGCCACGGCCCAGCUUCCCCACACCUGCACGGACACCGCAUUCAGCUGCGCAGGAAUGGGCUAGAGGGCGGCGCCGGUACCACUCGCGGCCGGGAGAACGGGCUGCCCCGAGGACACCAGCUGCCGGAGUUCCUACGCAACAGAGCCGCCUACAGGAGGACCCUGGAGGAGCCGACCAGCCGGACCACACGCUACCCAACCCGGCCCACCGCCCCACAGCCACUGCACAGCCCUCAGAACCUGCAGAACCAGGAGACCCACAGCAACAGGGCAGACCUUGACUUCACCGACACAUACGAGCAGUCUGCCGUGUCGGUCCGCCUGGAGGAGGUGCGUCUGCGGCCCGUGUUGUCCAGCACACACAGCGUCACCAUGGUAACAGAAGGUGUGGUGGAAGUGAAGCAUGCUGGGAAAUGGAGGCAUGUUUGUAGUCUGGGCUGGGACGCGAGCAGCAGUCGUGUGGUGUGUGGCAUGCUGGGAUUCCCUUCAGCCGGACAGCAUGAUGCGCGUGUGUAUCGGUGAGUUUCACCGCCGCCU